UAUUUUAUUUGCAUUUCUUUAUUAGGUGAAGCACUGUUAUGCUCGGAUUUGUUUAUAGUAAUUAGCUGAAAUUGCUAAUUUGGGACGCCAUUACUCGAGCUUUGUACCUUGCUUUUCAAUGGCUGCCAACACUGCCAUUGUUGCUUGGGGUUCGGGAGAAGAUGGGCAAUUGGGAUUGGGGAACAACGAAGAACGGGAAUGGGUUUGCGCUAUUAAAGCUCUCGAGUCUCAGAAUGUCUGUUCCGUUGUUGCUGGUAGCCGAAAUUCGCUCGCCAUCUGCGAAGACGGCAAGCUGUUUACAUGGGGUUGGAAUCAGAGAGGAACCCUAGGGCACCCAGCAGAAACCAAAGCUGAGAACGUUCCGAGCCAGGUGAAAGCUCUUGCUAAUGUUAAGAUUGUACAGGCGGCUAUUGGUGGAUGGCACUGUCUGGCUGUGGAUGAUCAAGGCCGAGCUUAUGCCUGGGGUGGCAAUGAAUAUGGUCAAUGUGGCGAAGAGCCUGAGAAGAAGGAUGACACGGGUAGACGUCCGAGAAGAGAUAUAGCAAUUCCUCAACGAUGUGCUCCGAAGCUAAUAGUUCGUCAGGUUGCUGCAGGAGGUACACACUCUGUGGUACUUACACGUGAAGGACAUCUAUGGACAUGGGGCCAACCAUGGCCACCUGGAGAUAUAAAGCAAAUUUCUGUUCCUGUACGAGUUCAAGGUCUCGAUAUGGUGAGGCUUAUUGCAGUCGGGGCAUUUCAUAAUUUAGCUCUCCAAGAAGAUGGGACUUUAUGGGCAUGGGGUAAUAAUGAAUAUGGACAGCUUGGAACUGGUGAUACACAACCAAGAUCACAGCCAAUUCCUGUCCAAGGCCUUUCUGGUCUUACUUUGGUUGACAUUGCAGCUGGAGGAUGGCAUUCAACUGCUUUGACAGAUAGCGGAGAGGUUUAUGGAUGGGGACGAGGAGAACAUGGGAGACUUGGGUUUGGAGAUAAUGACAAGAGCAGCAAAAUGGUUCCACAGAAGGUUCAACUUCUGUCUGGAGAGAACAUUGUACAGGUAUCAUGUGGAGGCACACACUCAGUUGCAGUAACAAGUGACGGCCGCAUGUUUUCGUUCGGGCGAGGUGACCAUGGGCGGCUUGGGUAUGGAAGGAAGGUAACAACUGGGCAACCAGAGGAAGUUCCCAUUGACAUUCCCCCUCCUCGUGGGGCUGAGAAUGGUCGUUGGACAGCCAAACUUGUUGCCUGCGGCGGCCGCCAUACAUUAGCUCUGGUACAAUGGAAACCUGACGAUUAAGCAAAAUAAUUAACUGUUGUUAGAUUCUUAAGAUGAUCAUCUUCUUUCCUAAAUAAUUAUGAGACAAGACGACAUCCACUAGUUCUGGUUUUUGUCGAGUGCGUUGUUCUAUCCAGUCUGUGUAGUAAGCUUCCAUACAUCAAAUCCAUGUACUAAAAAACCAACUUAAUUAUGAACAACUGAGGGUUUGAUAGGAAAUCUUGAUACUUUCUGAUGUC